GCACCAAACAGAUGUGAUGGUGGCCACUGUCCUAUUCAGAGCCUGCGGGCCAGCCAUGGAGAAGAUCAUGGCCUUCCUUCUCUUACCACCAGAACUGCCUCCCCGUCUGUGUGUUCCUCUCACUCCCUGGUCUCCCCCAAGUGAGCAGUAUUGAUGGAGGAGAAAAUGAAUGCAGGUUUUGAAUUGUUUCUGUGGAAUCUAGGGAGAGGGAUGUGGCACCUGAAGCUGUGGGUUAGUAUGAAGAUGGAGAAGGGACUCCGGCUGCAGCGUUCCCAGGAGGGCCCUCAUGCUGGAGAAGGUUCAUGUUGGAACUGCAACUGCUGUUUGGUGGGAAAACAUCCACUCUUUCCCCUCAAGGGUUGACUCCAGCCCCUUCCAGAAGCCUCCUGAGUCACCAACCCCAGGUUCUCCAGAGCGGCUGUGUCCUGGGCUCCCUGGUGCUGCUUAGCCUGCUCUGGCAGCGUGUGGUGACAGGGGCUGCCCUUGAGAGCCACCGCCAACUGUAUAUGUCCUCCCGGCGGGCUGAUUGCAACAGAGCCUCGCUCACUCGAGUGCACCGGCAGACCUACGCACGCCUCUACCCUGUGCUCCUGGUCAAGCAGGAUGGUUCCACCAUCCACAUCCGCUACCGGGAGCCUCGACGGAUGCUCACAAUGCCCGUGGACCUGGACUCUCUGUCCCCAGAGGAGAGGCGUGCACGGUUCCGGAAACGAGAGGCCCAGGUCAAAGAGAAGGAGGAGGAACCAGAGCUCGGUGACGACUUUGAUGUGGAGCAGUACAAGCAGUUUUGGACCAAAAAGUGAUGGUGCCUGGAAGCUGCUCUGACCGAGGGGGAUGCUAUGGAGCAGGGAGGGGCAUGUGUCUUUAAACCAUGUGUUCACGAA